AUGCACACACACCUGCAGCAUGCGAUGCUCGCCGCGCUCCUCGCGUGCGCGCUCGCGGCGUCGUCGGCCGGAGCGCAGCCGGGGGAGCCGCAGGGGUAUGCCUACGGCGACGUGUCCGGGCAACAAGUGCACGUCAGCACGACCAUGAUCGUGCUGCUGGCCGCCGUCGUCGGGGUGUUCGUGUUCAUCGCCGUCUCCACAAUCUACCUCCGCCACUGCACCGGCUACCCCGCGGUGGAGAGCGGCGACGUCGUCGUCGGCCGCCGGUCCGUCCUCCCAGCCAACAGCUUCGUCUCGAGGCGGCAGCGGCGGCCGCGCGGGCUCGACUCUUCGGUGAUCCGGAUGUUCCCAACCAUGAAGUACGCCGAGGCCAAGGCGCUGCGCGUGGGGAAAGUGACCGGCGCCGCGCUGGAGUGCGCGGUGUGCCUCAGCGAGUUCGACGACGACGAGAUGCUCAGGUUCUUGCCCAAGUGCAGCCACGCCUUCCACCCAGACUGCAUCGGCCAGUGGCUCGCCAGCCACGUGACUUGCCCCGUCUGCCGCCGCAAUCUUGACCCUAACAAGGACACCACCGAGGAGUUGAUCAUCCCCGCCGCCACCGCCGCCGCCGCUCGUGAGACGAACAGCACCUCCAGCGAAAUAGUCGUGGUACGGCAAGAAGACGGCGUGCACGGCGCAGCCCUGGUGAUCGACGUGGUCACCGAAGAAGACGAGGAGGAGAGGAGGAAAGAGGAGCUCGAGCUGCAGGAGAUAGGGACGCAGCUCCGGGCGAUGCGGUCACGGUCGGGGAGGCAGCGACCAAAGACGGCGAAGCUUCUCCGCUCGCACUCCACCGGCCACUCCCUCGCCAUCCGCCUCGACCGCGACCUAGAGCGGUUCACGCUUCGGCUGCCGGAGCACGUACACAGGGAGAUGGUCGCCGCGGGGGAGAAGAGCGUACGUCACGGCCGAAGAGUAGCGGAAGGAAUCACCCUGGGCGCUAGCUGCAGCCCCCGGUUCGCGCGGUCGAGCAGAUGGCCGUCGUUUCUUCCAAGCUCUUUGUCGGGAAAGCUGUCUUUCCUUUCCCCGUCGUCGAGGAGAACGCCGGAUAGCACCCAGAUGGAAGUGUCAUCGUCCUCGUCGUCCUCCGCGACGAAGGUGAAAGGGAAGCGAGUGGCCGCCAUCGAUGUCGCCGACGGUUCUGCUCACGCGACUGCACACCCUGGUUGCACUGUGGCCAGCUCGGCGGCGGCGGUGGCUGUGGACGUGGAGAAGGCAGCUACCAGGCAAGUUCGAACAUAGAAAAGAAACAGAGGUUUUGAAUGAAUGACAAAACUUGAAGUAGAUGUCACUCUCACACACGGAAGAAAGAAAUGGUCGUCAGUGGUCUGUGUAUAGUCUGUACUGUUAUGAACGACGUAACGCCAAAAAAUUAGAUGGAGAAAACUUUUAGAUGUCUAUAUGUGUUAUUUGCACAUGAGCAAUUCAGUAGUCAGUUGCGCACAAUAUCUUGUUGCGUCUUUGAAGGGAUUAGAUUCAUCCCGAUCGACAGUUUUCCUUCUGAGCUUUAAACUGUUUAGUGUUUACUACUGGAUGGAUAGCACACCAUGCAUGACCACCAAGUUUUGUGGUUUGUGCAGGAGACGAAUGCAUAUUUGAGAUGUUAGGCAGAGGUGCCAUCAUGCUCUGCAUUAGCAUCCGCUGUGUUCCGGGCGCUGGCUCUGUCAAUACGACUGGUAAACCCUCAAGUUGAUGCCGAGGGUAAGAACUUAUUUAACUCGGUUU